GCCUCAUUGCCUCUACAUAAUUUCCACCGGCACGUCAUUCUUUCUGCCUUGUAAAUCACCACAUUCCGCACACCUCCAUCGAGCACUUUACGCUUCAUCAGAACUUUGGAGCGAUGGCACCCCUCACAGCAGAGGAGCUCGUUAAGCAUCCGGCGUACCCCACAGUCGAAUGGGAACUGACCCCAACAACAUCCGGGAAACAAGCAGUGGCCCAGACCCGCCGUGGAGGGCCGAUCAAUCUGCACUAUGAACUGCACGGCACUGGCCCAGUGAAGCUCGUCUGGAUUAUGGGCCUUAACGGGACCCUGAAGGACUGGCGACGCCAGACCAGGUACUUUGGGCACAAGCACGGGUCGCGAUACACCUGCUUGGUGUUUGACAACCGUGGCGUCGGCCUUUCAGACAAGCCGGUCUCCUACUACUCGACCUCCGAAAUGGCCCAGGACAUGGUCGACCUGGUGAGCUCGUUGGGAUGGAUCGAUCUGGCCGGUCCGCCCGAGCGAUCCAUCCAUGUUAUUGGCGCUAGCAUGGGCGGCAUGAUAGCCCAGGAGGUCGCGAUGCUUAUCCCCGAUCGCCUGGCGAGCCUGAUGCUGAACUGUACGGCCCCGCGGCUGGUGCGGACAGGCCCGUUUGUGGAGAACCUGCGGCAGCGGGCGAACAUGUUCAUCCCUCGCCACAUCGACGUGGAGCUGGAGCGGCUGGCGAAGAGCAUUUUUGCCGACGAGUUCCUCGCGGAGCCCGACACUGAAUACGAGGACCCCGCGAAGAAUUUCCCGACCAAGCGCGAUCGCUUCGCUGCGGGCGUGAUUCGGAAGCGAGCCAACACCGACGAGUAUACCAAGAAGGGGUUCUUGAUGCAGAUUGUCGCCUGCUAUUUCCAUCACAAGUCAGCGGCGCAACUGAAGACCCUUGGGGAUCGAGUAGGCAGAGACCGCAUCGCCGUGACUCAUGGCACCAAGGACUUGAUGCUGACGUUUCGGCACGGGGAGAUCUUACGCGAGGAGAUUGGUGAUGGGAUCACCUGGAGGGCCUUUGAGGGGAGUGGCCACAUGUUGGGUUGGGAACGAGAAGACGAACUGCACGAGCUGAUUGAAGAGAUUGUGAACCGAUGCAAUUAGAGGAUGAUCUUGGGCAAGAGCAUACACCAUUUCCCUGCAUGACUGAAUUAACGACUGUACAUUAGACUAAGAUUAUAUUCUGAUGAUGAAUUAGAAAUGCUGACAACUUUGUCCCGCAAUCGAAGGUACAUACAGGACAGUACGCAGUAGACAGGUCGCAGUGACUGGUGGCGACUCGUAUAGCUGCACUGACUGCACGUAGCUGAAACCCUCGUGACCAGCCACACCAGACACACCAGCGGUCAGCUGCUGCCCAGUGCCCAUCAACUG